AUGCGAACGAGUUUCUUAAGUUCGGCACUGGUGGUCGCUUCGUUUGCCGCCGCAAAAGAAGCCCCAUCAUCGACCACGCAUGCGCCAGCGUGCACUGCGACUGCGUCCUCCGGGACAGGCGGUUUCUUCGACCUGCGACCUGAUACAGCUCACCCUUCCGAGAAGGGAAAGCAGCACAAGACGGCCCUUGCAAAAGACUACCAUGCAAGAGGUUAUGAUUAUGGCAAGAACUUUACUCUGAACAUAUGCGGAGCGGUUGUGGACCCCGUAACUGAGGUGGUGGGAAUCUCCAAGAGCCAAUGGACCAACGUCAGCGCAUACUACAUGUCUCAUGGAAGCAUCUAUUCUAUAGGAUCCGAAUCGAUGGACUUGGUGAGUCGUGGCCGCAAGCUGGUCUUGCAGUAUACCGGUGGCUCGCCGUGCGGUACCACCAAAUCGAACAAGAGUACCCGGACUCCUUCAUCGCCCUCAGCCAACUACAAUUACGCAAACAAGGAGUCGGCCUUGACCAACCAGCCUCACCAGGUGGAAACCCUGAAAGACGACAAGGAAGAGAAAUCGUCACGAAGAAAGUCCACUACCAUUUCCUUCCUUUGUGACCGAGACCCCUCCAGCUCCCAAGCAAGCAUAUCGUUCGUCGGUGUCGACGAAGAUGAAUGCUCAUACUUUUUCGAAGGCCGCUCUAUUCACGCAUGUGCGCAAGCAGAGCCACACAAGCCAGGAAGUGUAGGCCCUGGCAGCGUGUUUGGCAUCAUUUUGGUUGUCGCUUUCCUUGUGUACGUCCUCGGUGGUGUAUUCUACAACCGAACCAUCUCCAACGCACGAGGAUGGCGCCAAUUGCCGAAUUAUAGUCUCUGGGCAGGUAUUUGGAGUUUCUUUAGUGAUAUGUUCGUCAUUGCAUUUUCCUCGUGUGCAAGGUGUCUUCCCGGCCGACGAGGCUACAGCCAUCUCAGUUCGAGUCCACGAAAUCGAAACUCUGAUGCAGAAAACCGACUCAUUGACCAGUUGGACGAGGAAUGGGACGAUUAA